AUGGAGCCCGCUGCGCUGCGCUACGCUGCGCUGGCUGGCUGCGCCCGGCGCCGAGGCCCCCGGGGGGCAGCGCUGGCCGGGUCUCCCCGCCUUCAGCUCCAGCUAGUCCCCACCGACUGGCAGCGCGUUGCCCCGGAAAGAGAAGGGACUCCCGGGGUUUCCGAGGCGCCCUGCUCCCCUGCCUGGGGGUCGCCUUUCGUCCAUUUUGCUCCCCCGGGAGAGGGAUCGGAUUUUGCUUUCUCAGCCGCGAGCUCCGCGGGGGCAGCUUCCGGCCGCCCCUACCAGGAAAUUCCCGCCGUUGCCAUGGCACCCGGCACUUGUUGCGGGGGGCGGCCUCCCGCGGCACCUGAUUUCAGAUACUCAGACUCCACCUUUACUUUCACCUACGUUGGCGGCCCCAAAAGUGUAUCCUAUUCAGUACAUGUAUCUGAAGAUUACCCAGAUAAUACGUAUGUGUCAAGUUCAGAAAAUGAUGAAGACGUAUUAGUUACUACGGAGCCAAUUCCAAUAAUUUUCCACCGGAUAGCAACAGAAUUAAGGAAGACAAAUGACAUUAACUGUUGCUUAUCCAUAAAAUCAAAAUUACAGAAGGAAAAUGGAGAGGAGUCAAGACAGAAUAGUACAGUGGAAGAAGAUUCUGAAGGUGAUAAUGAUUCUGAAGAAUUUUAUUAUGGAGGACAGGUGAACUAUGACGGGGAACUGCACAAGCACCCACAGCUUGAAGCUGAUUUGUCAGCAGUGAGAGAGAUAUAUGGGCCACAUGCAGUUUCUCUCAGGGAAUAUGGAGCCAUUGAUGAUGUAGAUAUUGACCUGCAUAUUGAUGUUAGCUUUCUUGACGAGGAGAUUGCUGUGGCUUGGGAAGUAAUUCGAACAGAACCUAUAAUUGUCCGACUACACUGUUCACUUACACAGUAUUUAAAUGGUCCAGUGCCCACUGUUGAUGUCUUUCAGAUUUCUACAAAAGAGCGAUUUGGAUUGGGACAUCAGCUAAAAAAAAUCAUGCAGACAUUUGUUACACAGCAGUGGAAACAGAGCAAAGAAAAAUCCAAUUGCCUGCACAGUAAGAAGCUGUCUGACAAGAAGGUGAAGUCCCCCCUGCAUUUAUUUACUACCUUGCGCAGGUCGCCAAGUUAUCCUCCCCCUGGUUGUGGUAAAAGCAAAUCCAAGCUGAAAUCUGAGCAAGAUGGAAUCUCCAAAACACAUAAGCUGCUGCGGAGGACUUGUUCCAGUACCGUCAAGGCUGACGACGUGUGCUCCAGCAAGUCGCACAGGACCUUUGGUCGCUCCCUGUCCAGCGACCCCAGGGCUGAGCAGGCGGUGACGACAAUUAAGUCGCACAAACUCUUGAACCGGCCCUGCCCUGCAGCUGGCAAGCAAGAGGACUGCCUGGCGCUGAAGUCGCAUAAACUGUUGACUCGGUCUUGUUCUGGAGAUCCGCGAUGUGAGCACAACGCCAACCUGAAGCCCCACAAACUGUUGAGCAGGUCUUACUCCAGUAAUCUCAGAAUGGAAGAGUUGUACGGACUGAAAAACCACAAAUUGCUCAGCAAGUCUUACUCCAGCGCUCCCAAGUCAUCCAAGACGGAGCUUUUCAAGGAACCUAACGCAGAGGGCAGGAGGCUCUCUCUUACCUCAGGGCUUAUUGGUAUCUUAACACCUUCUUCGUCGUCAUCUUCCCAGCCUGCUCCAAAUGGUGCCAAAUGCAUUCCAAUACGAGAUCGCGGCUUCCUAGUGCAGACAAUUGAGUUUGCUGAGCAGCGGAUCCCUGUAUUGAAUGAAUACUGUGUGGUUUGUGAUGAGCCACACGUGUUUCAAAAUGGCCCCAUGCUUAGGCCCACUGUGUGUGAACGAGAGCUUUGUGUAUUUGCUUUUCAAACCCUGGGAGUAAUGAAUGAAGCUGCUGAUGAGAUAGCAACUGGAGCUCAGGUGGUAGAUCUACUAGUGUCCAUGUGUAGGUCUGCAUUGGAAUCUCCUAGAAAAGUUGUCAUUUUCGAGCCAUAUCCUUCUGUGGUAGAUCCUAACGAUCCUCAGAUGCUGGCCUUCAACCCCAGGAAGAAGAACUAUGAUCGAGUAAUGAAAGCACUGGAUAGCAUAACUUCUAUUAGAGAAAUGACACAAGCACCGUAUCUCGAAAUCAAGAAGCAGAUGGAUAAACAGGACCCCCUUGCUCAUCCCCUGCUGCAAUGGGUUAUUUCAAGUAAUAGGUCACAUAUUGUGAAACUGCCAGUUAACAGGCAACUGAAAUUUAUGCAUACUCCACAUCAGUUCCUUCUUCUCAGCAGUCCACCAGCCAAAGAAUCUAAUUUUAGAGCUGCUAAAAAACUCUUUGGAAGCACCUUUGCAUUUCAUGGCUCACAUAUUGAAAACUGGCACUCUAUUCUGAGGAAUGGUCUGGUCGUUGCUUCUAAUACUAGACUGCAGCUCCACGGUGCAAUGUAUGGAAGUGGAAUCUAUCUUAGUCCAAUGUCAAGCAUAUCUUUUGGUUACUCAGGGAUGAACAAGAAGCAGAAGGUGACAGCCAAAGACGAGCCGGCCUCAAGCAGUAAAAGCAGCAGCACAUCACAGUCACAGAAAAAAGGACAGCAAUCCCAAUUCCUGCAAAGCCGUAACCUAAAAUGCAUCGCCUUAUGUGAAGUGAUCACCUCACCUGACCUGCACAAACAUGGAGAGAUAUGGGUCGUCCCCAAUACUGAUCAUGUCUGCACACGAUUCUUCUUUGUCUAUGAGGAUGGCCAAGUCGGAGAUGCAAAUAUUAACACGCAAGAAGGAGGCAUUCACAAAGAGAUCCUUCGAGUAAUUGGUAAUCAAACCGCUACUGGGUAAAGGACCACCAUUUAAUUAACGUGAUUUGAAAGGCUUCCUCGGGUUCAAAGCUGGAUUUUGAACUGAAGAAGAUGAUAAAAUAACUCAUUGUUAUUAUAAACAAAAGUAACCCUUUGAAUACUGAUUUUUUUCUUAGUAUUUCUAAGUAUCUCAUUAAACAUACCUAAAAUGGUAUACAAUUUAUCAAUUGUAGGGUUAUGGAAUCUAGUAAUAAAAUUACAACAGCACUUAAACUUAAGUUUGGGUUGCU